GUCAAUGGUCCCGUAGGUGGGCGGGGCGUCCUACAGCGGACCAGCAGACGCUGCCUACCCACCUGCGCUGCUUGGCGGAUUCAGAUUGACAAUGGCUUAGCAGGAGCUGCAGCUGCUCCUCUGGCUGGCACCGUUACCCUCGCCCAACCCCAGGCUCUGUGCGUGACCCGGACGGAGCAGUCCCACUCGCCUUCCACCCGCUCCACGCUGUGUCGGGGCCCGAGCUCAAAGGGGUGGACGUGGCUUCCAGAAGCAGAGGCCAAGAAAGCAUGUGAAUGGCUCCGAGCUACAGGAUUCCCUCAGUAUGCUCAGCUUUUUGAGGAAGGUUCAUUUCCCCUGGACAUUGCCUCUGUGAAGAAGGACCACGGUUUUCUGGACGAAGACUCUCUGGGGGCUUUGUGCAGGAGGCUGAUGACCUUGAACAAUUGUGCCUCGAUGCAGCUGGAGGUUCAUUUUCAAAGCAAGCAGAAUGAAGACUCAGAAGAGGAAGAACAGUGUACCAUCAGCAGCUACUGGACUUUCCAGCAGGAAAGCAAGCAAUGGUCUCAUGUUGGUUCCUCUGACCUGCAGAGCCCACCAAGCCCUAGCCUGCCAGUGACCUCAAGCUGUGAAAGUGUCCUCACUGAACUUAAUGCCACCUCUCUGCCAGCUAUCUCUAUGAGCUUACCACCCGAGCAAGUGAACCUGCCUCUGCUAGCCUGUGUCCCCAGCUCAAGUGACCAGCCCCGGCUUAGCCCUACACAAGGCCAGGUGGGUCCCCAGGACAAAGCCAAGAAGCACCAUACCCGCAGCUUCCUGAAACACCUUGAGUCUCUGAGGCGAAAGGAAAAGGGUGACAGUCGGCAAACAGAGAUCCAGCGCAGCCCAGCCACCUUGGAGAAGGCCACCAAAGCCUCAUCUUUUCACAGUUGCCGUGGCUUCCUCUCAUCUGGAUUUUAUAGAGCUAAGAAUCAGGCAGCCACCUCAACCAGUGGUAGUGGUGGUGAGACUCGGAGGGCUUGGGAGCCUUGGCCUGUGGCCACAUUACGGCAUCCUCAGCAGGUAUACCGGGGUAACUACCUGGUACAUGUGCCCAGGGACCAUAAACCAGGCACAUUCCCUCGUUCUCUUUCCAUUGAAAGCCUGUGUCCAGAGGAUGGACACUGCCUGGAAGAUUGGCAGCCAGGUAGGCACUGGGGCUAUGAAGGACGCCGGGGCUCCUGUGGCUCAACAGGCAGCCAUGCCAGCACGUAUGACAACUUGCCAGAGCUAUAUCCAGCUGAGCCUGUACUGACUGAGGCCAAAGCUGAAGAAGAGGAGGAGCAUGGGAACAGCUAUGCCCACCUGGAUGACAUCCUUCAGCAUGUGUGGGGCCUGCAGCAACGGGUAGAGCUCUGGUCUCAGGCUAUGUACCCUGAACUGGGGCCUAGAGAUAAGGAAGAGGAAGAGGAGGAGGAAGAGGAAGAGGAAGAGACCACUUCAUCAGUAGAAAUAGCCACAGCUGAGGUUGAAGACAAGCCUGAGGCUCUGGUCCCAGCAGAGGCUCCAGCCUGUGGAGAGUUCCCAGCCCAGGUCCAAGCGGAAGUCCAAUCAGAGAUCCUGGCUCAGGCCCCAGAAGAUGCUGGACGGUUGGCACAAGCAGAAGCCGAGCCCCAGGACAAUGAGCAAGAGACAAACUCAGGUGGGGAACCCACCUCUGCCUCCAGCCUUUCUGUGGAAGAAGCACAUUCCAUUUCUGACACUAUGGCCUCUGCCAGUGAGCUUGACAGUAGUGGGAAUUCCAUGAAUGAGACUGAAGCUGCAGGGUCCCUGGUAGGACUCCAGGCAUCAGUGACCCGGGAACGGCGUGAUUCAGGAGUUGGAGCCUCACUUACUAGACCCUGCAGGAAGCUCCGCUGGCAUAGCUUCCAGAGUUCCCACCAGCCCAGCCUCAACUCAGAGUCUCUGGAGAUUAACUGGCAGUCUGCAGGUCAGAUCAACCUCCUACACAAGGGCUCACUGCUGAGGCUCACUACCUUCAUGGAGAAGUACACUGUGCCCCACAAGCAAGGUUGGAUCUGGUCAGUGCCCAAGUUCAUGAAAAGGAACAAGACCCCAGACUACCGUGGACAGCAUGUAUUUGGGGUGCCCCCCCUCAUCCAUGUGCAGCGAACAGGCGAGCCACUGCCACAGAGCAUUCAGCAAGCCAUGCGCUACUUGCGCAGCCAAUGCCUGGACCAGGUGGGCAUCUUCCGUAAGUCUGGUGUCAAGUCCAGGAUCGAGAAUCUGCGCCAGCUGAAUGAGAACUCUCCUGACAAUGUGUGCUAUGAGGGCCAGUGUGCCUAUGAUGUGGCUGACCUGUUGAAGCAGUAUUUCCGGGACCUGCCAGAGCCCAUCUUUACCAGCAAGCUCACUACCACUUUCCUACAGAUCUACCAGCUCCUCCCCAAGGAUCAGUGGUUGGCAGCAGCACAAGCUGCCACAUUGCUUGUUCCUGAUGAGAACCGAGAAGUCCUACAGACCUUGCUCUACUUCCUAAGUGACAUUGCAUCCGCUGAGGAAAACCAGAUGACAGCUGGAAACCUGGCAGUGUGCCUGGCCCCCUCCAUCUUCCACCUUAAUGUCUCCAAGAAGGAUAGCUUGUCACCCAGGAUCAAGAGCAAACGCAGCCGAGUUGGCCGGCCAGGCCCUAGGGACCUUAGCGAGAACAUGGCUGCCACCCAGGGCCUAUCACACAUGAUCAGCGACUGCAAGAAACUUUUCCAGGUGCCCCAGGACAUGGUGGUACAACUGUGUGACUCCUACAGUGCAGCUGAGGUCAGCCCUCCUGGGCCAGCUCUGGCUGAGUUGCGACAGGCACAGGCCGCAGGGGUGAGCCCGAGCCUCUACAUGGAGGAGAGUGUGCAGGAGCUGCUCCGUGAUGCUGCUGAGCGCUUCAAGGGCUGGAUGAGUGUGCCAGGGCCCCAGCACACAGAACUGGCUUGCAGGAAGGUACAAGAUGGACACCCCUUGCCGAUGUGGAAAGCGUCCACAGAAGUGGCAGCCCCACCAGCUGUGGUAUUACAUCGUGUCCUACGGGAGCGGGCACUUUGGGAUGAGGACCUACUGCGGGCCCAGGUGCUGGAGGCCCUGAUGCCAGGGGUGGAGCUGUACCACUACGUCACUGACAGCAUGGCUCCUCAUCCUUGCCGCGACUUUGUGGUGCUCCGGAUGUGGCGCUCAGACCUGCCUCGUGGUGGUUGCCUGCUUGUCUCCCAGUCCCUGGAUCCUGAGCAGCCUGUGCCAGAGUCAGGGGUGCGGGCCCUCAUGCUCACUUCCCAGUACCUCAUGGAGCCCUGCGGCCUGGGUCGCUCUCGCCUCACUCACAUCUGCCGUGCUGAGCUCAGGGGCCGUUCUCCUGACUGGUACAACAAAGUCUUCGGGCACCUGUGUGCCAUGGAAGUAGCCAAGAUCCGGGACUCUUUCCCCACACUGCAGGCAGCUGGCCCUGAGACAAAGCUGUGAGCCUCAGGCUGACAUUCCCCUGGUCCCCUGACACCAAGAGAGUGUGCAGGAAUGGGACUAGUGAGGCCUCCAGAGGCUGUUGCCAGGGGGAGAGUCAGGCCCAAGUGGCUCCAGUUGCUUGACCCUCUUACCUUCUAAUGCUCCUUUGCACAUACAGGGGAAGAGAGAGUUUAGCUAUCUCAUCUGUACUUCACCUUCAUCCUCAGAGAAGCAGAGUCAUGUUAGUAUCAAAAAAAAUCACCACUGCAUGCUAUCUGCCUGUGAAGCCUCACUCAGUCCAAAGCACCAACAGUCCCCAGUGUGUAGGAGAAAGGAGAUAGGGAUCAGUUCUCUGCCAGCCUGAGAGGCUGAGCCAUCGUGUUUUAUGCUAAGGCCCUUUUGAGGUUGGACAGGAGGUUCUGGUCCUGCCUUGGGGGUCAGCAUUAGCCUUGAGCUGGCUUUUCCAGAAAUGGAACUGAAGUGGAUGUGCACAGGGGCAGAACAGAGGGCAUUCCCAAUCACUGUUUUAUUUAUAUCAUUACAAUUCCAGUUUUUAUAAGGCUGAUUUAGAGUGGGCACUGAUGAGUCCCUAGUAGGCCAUGUGACGAUUUGGGUUAGCUUGGGAUAGGAGGCAGGGGAACCUUCCUUUCUGAAGUCUCAAGAGACCAAUGAACCAGUCUCUAUCCACUCUCUAGGGUCCCAGUUAGCCUUUGGCCAUGCACUGCCAUGUCUGUAGAGUAAAUGAGUUCACUCCCACGCCAAGAAAAAGCAGCACAUAGUGGAGGAGAGACCUGUAUCUGUGCCCUUAACCCUUUUGCCUAUGAUAGCGGGCUGACAUAACAUCUCUGGAGCAGAGACCUGGUCCCUGGGCCAGGAAGACAGAAAGGCCCAUCUUUCCCAGCCUAUCCACUGGCCACCUUUGUUCAUGUGGAAAUCUAAAUGCCAUUCAAAGGCCCACUGGUGCUUCACUGUUCUUUCUGCUGAAAAAAAAUGGGGUGGGUCCCGGCCACUACUGUAAUUUUUAAGCUUGUUUUAUUUGUACGUAUAAAUACUGUACAGUCAGAAUAUAUAUGUGUAUUUGUAUGUGUGCAUGUAGAUACAUAUACACAUACAUAUGCACACACAUAUGUGCACUCUUCUGAAUGUAUAAUAAUCUCUGGGUGUGAGCAGGGUCUGGAAGGCCUCGAGGUCGGACACUUUUGAUGAGAGCAGAGAAGUGGAGAGCAGGAUACAGCUGGAUUUCUCACCAGAACAAUAAAGCAU